ACAUUGUAGUUCUAUGGUUCGCACGAUUUAGGUUAUCCAUAACCUAAUUUUGUCUAUCCAUAAAUAUAUUUUUAAUAAAUAGAAGAAAUAUUUCAUUUAUGGUAAAAUAAGAAAUCAUGGAGUUAUUUGUUAUUAACAGGCACGAUGAAGAAUCGAAUGAAGUACCGCAAAAUGAACAGCAAAAAUUAGAUAAAGUAUUGAAGAAAAUUCAAAGAAAUAAAAAAAUACGACAGAAACAGAAGGAGAAAUAUGCAGAGACUAAACAAGCUAUACAAAGAACAUUACAAGCGAGAGAACAAAAAAGGAGAAUUAAGUCAUCCAUAGUUACUGUACCUGAAAUAAAUAACGACGAGUUUAUUGAUAGGGAAGUAGAAACAUUAAUCAAACCAGAAAAUGAAGAUUCCAUAGAAGAAAAUGUUCCUAAGAAACCUAAAUUAGAUACAACUGAAGGAUUUACAGUUUUGGGUGUUGAUAAUCUAGUUAAUAGGACAAAAGUUAAAAGAGUUCUACCUUCAUGGCUUUCUAAUCCAACAGUGAUAUCAGUAAAUCUUCAAGACUUACAAGUUAAAAUAUCAGAUAUAAAACAACUGGAUAAAAGUUUACGUAAACUACUAAAAGCGAACAACAUCAGACAUUUUUUUCCAGUUCAAGCCGAGGUAAUUCCUUGGCUAUUGGAAAGUAUUAGGCAUUCUGACAUUAUUUUCCCUAGGGAUAUUUGUGUUUCUGCUCCCACAGGAAGCGGAAAGACUCUAGCUUAUGUCCUACCAAUUGUUCAAGCUUUAAAAAGAUACACAGUUAAAAAAAUUAGGGCUUUAAUUAUAUUACCUACUCAAGAUUUGGCGACUCAAGUUUUUAAAACAUUCAAAUCCUACUCUCAAAAUACAAAUAUUGAUGUGUGUUUAAUCAGUGGAAACAAUUCAUUUUCUAUUGAACAAGCACAAUUAAUUUUUGAUAAUACAGCUUUCGGUUACAUAAGCAGAGUUGAUAUUCUUGUUUGUACUGCUGGUAGGUUAGUUGACCAUCUCAAAGUUACAAAAGGAUUCAAUUUGCGUAAUUUAGAGUUCUUAGUAAUAGACGAAGCAGAUAGAGUCUUGGAAAAUGUUCAAAACGAUUGGUUGUAUCAUUUAGAAAAGCACAUCUAUGAAGAUUCAAACUCUAAUUCUCGCAAAAUUUUAAAUCUUCAAGCUUUAGAACGAUCACGACCGCCUCAAAAACUGUUAUUCUCAGCAACUUUAUCACAAGACCCAGAAAAGUUACAAAAACUUUCUCUUUUUCAACCGAAACUUUUUACUUCAGUUACUGAAACCCAAGAAGAUAUCAACAAUACCAUUGUUGAUACUUUCGUGGGAAAAUAUACAACUCCUAAAGAACUUAUAGAAAAAUAUGUUGUUACAACAGCAGAAUUAAAACCCCUAUAUUUGUACGAGUUGAUUAAAUUAGAAAAAUUGACUAAAACAUUAGUUUUUGCUCAUUCCGCAGAAAGCGGUCAUCGUUUGGCAAUUUUACUAAGAGCUCUGUUUAAUAAUGAAUUAAAAAUCGAAGAAAUCAGUUCGCAAUUACAGGGAAAAAACAGAACGAAACUGAUUGAGAAGUUCUCUGCCGGGGAGAUUGACUUAUUGGUUUGUACAGACGCGUUAGCCAGAGGUAUUGAUUUACCUCACGUACAAUGUGUUAUUUCUUAUUCUUCUCCAAAGUAUCUUAAAACGUAUAUACAUCGAGCAGGUAGAACUGCUAGGGCAGGAGAACAAGGUUUGGCAGUGACUUUACUUAAUAAACCUCAAGUUUCAAAGUUUAAAUCCAUGUUGAACCAAGCCAAACAUACUGUAGUUAACGAGUUGGUUAUUCCUGAAGAUAACUUGGAACCUCUUGGUGAGAAAUAUAAAGAAUCCUUAGAACAACUGAAGAAGAUUGUAGAAAAAGAAGAAAAGAUGGAUUUGGAGAAAAAUUUGUUGACGAAAAAGAUUAAGAAUAAUAAAUGGAAGAGAAAUAGAAAAGAAUCUAUUAAUAGUAAUUUUAAUACAUAAAUGGGAUUUUUGUGGAAAUAAUAUGAAUUAUUCUGA